AAACUUGCAGUUCUCCUGCCUCAGUUUCCCAGAGUGCUAGGAUUACAGUCAUGUGGGCAUCUUUCAAGAGGUCCUGGCGUCCGUCUUCCUACCCAGUUAGUUCCCUGGCCUUCCACAGAGAGGCAAUCCAAGCUCUCACUGUCAGCCCUGCUGCUUGUUUUGGAGUUUUACCAAGAAGAGGCUGGACAGCUGGCUGACUGGUAGGCUGAACAAGUCAGGAACACCCCUGACCUCUCUUCCGACCAACUAGCUCUGGUAAGUGGGCAGGCCUUGCAUCUGGAGAGCUGCAGCCACAUCUGGAUGCUUACUGCAGAAUCAGUUUAACAGUCUCUGAGGCUUAGGCCCCCAGCCUGGAUGGGAGCUGCUGGCCAGACCCUGGCUCCCCAUAGCAACAAUGAACACGACCAACACUUCUACCCCGUACUACAGCUAUGAAUACUACCUAGACUACCUAGACUUCCUUCCCGUGGAUGAAAAGAAGCUGAAAGUUCACAAACAUUCCAUUGCGAUUGCCUUUUGGGUGAGCCUGGCUGCUUUUGUGAUGCUCCUCUUCCUCAUCCUGCUCUGCAUGUCGCGGUCAGGAGCCUCACAUGUGAGUGCCUUCCGAGAUGGCCUUGACCGUUCCCACAGGUCUCCGGGCCCUGGCCUUCCUCUUGGGAGUGUGCGCAUGCUCCAGUGUGUCAGUGUUUGCGUGCAUGUAGGGGGCGGUGACGGGAAGCACCGCAGGGAGGAGCGCCCUGUGACGCUGCCUUCUCUCCAGGCCCAGCCCCCAGCGCCCAGGGAGCCCGCGGAGCCCCGGCCUCGGCCUCCCCCUCUGCUUCCGCAGGGCCUCCAAGCGGACCGUGGAGGAGCCGGCGAGCGGCCCUGGCGGGGACCCGCGGCCCUAGCAGGUGCCCCCCAACCUCGCAGCCCCGCCGUUCUCUGGGGACAGCCCGAGCGGUCCUCAGCUGCCGUCAGGAACCAGCUCUCCGGAGCCAGAAGCCGCCCCCACCCUCGGAGAACCGGUGACAGCGGCCGGCAGUGGCUGUCCAGGGAGGUGCGGAGGCCCCGCUGCCCGGCUCGCUCCGCCCGCUCCGCCCGCCCUGCCUGUCCGCCGUGGGACGGCGGGAAGUAAAGCGCCUUCCUAUGCGAAUGAGAGGGAGCGCUGUGCAAACGCCGGCGGCGCCGCCCCCACGGGGAAGCCCCAGCACCCGCGCCCGGCAGGUCACACACCUGCGCCUCAGCACAGCCGGAACCGGAUCCCGAGCGAUGCAGUCACCCGGCGGCCAGGCAGUGAGCGGGCCUGCAGCGCCGUUGUGGUCGGGAAAAGCUCCGGAGGCCGCCUGGCCACAUCUCAUGUGAGCUGGAUGCCACUCUGACUGCAGAGCUGAGCCCUGAAGGCGCUCAUCCUCCGGAAAGUGAGGUCCAGCCUGUUGGCGGAGGGACAGCAACACGCCAGCGCAGCUCCCUUCUGUGCAGUGGCAGAGAGUGGGAGACAACUCCAGUGACCCCCUCCCCCACUUGAAUGCAAAACUCUGCACCUCUGAUUAUUUGGACACUUCUUUGCUUAUAGGGAUAUAUAGAGCUGGCUAUGGUAUUUCCUUCUCUUCAAAUUGGCUCUAAGCAUUGCAAAUUAGGCGAGGUACUGGUGUGUAAUCUUUAAAGCCCACAGACCGUAUCCUGUUCCCCCACAUAGUGUUCUCCAAAAAGGAUGUGAGCACCAGCGGGAAGUUAAGAUAAUAGCUCCCGGAAUGUCAACUGGGUGUGAGCCACAAGGUAAAGAGGCGAUGACUCCCCAGGGCACAAAAAUUUACAUACCAAACAGAGGCAACAGUCUCCCAACAACUGUUGCUACCUUACCAACUGUGCAAAUCGACCCUUCUGCAGAUCUUUCUCUGCAUUUUGCAGAGAUGCUUUUCUCCCCACCUGGCUAGCCAGCUCAAAUUACGCCAUCCUCACUGUCACUCAUCCCUGAACCACCCCUCUUGUUCACAAGAUAAUAAAUUCUGGGAGAGGCCUAGGGUCAGGGCCUUUGUCCAGGCAUCCCCACAGGGAGUGGAUUUAGGACCCUUUGGCUGCCCUUAACUUGGAAGGUGUCUUGGUGUCUUUUACUUUGGAGGCGGUAGAUUGGAAUUAACUUGCUGAGAUUCCAAUAACCUCUCAAUGGGAUUACAAAUAAAACUUUCAAUUGUGAGGAAAACUGGAAAAGGGAUUACAAUACUUGGAUAACUGUACUCAGUAUUUAGGAUUACAAUGGCAGAGGACUAGCAUGUAGCCAACACACCUUCCACAGACUCUCUGGUCUCCAGGUUCCCCAUGAUAAACGUCAGGUGAGUCACUGUCACACUGUGUUGUUUAGGGAAUAAAAGAAAAAAAGUCCGUGUUCA